GUCCUGCUUUAUUUGGAUUAGUCUCCGUUAGCAUUAGAAUCAGCGUUAGCUUUAGCAUUAGUUUAAUUUUCCGGAUUGUUUCAGUAACUAGCGCUUUAACAUGGACAGGAAAAAAAGCGGAAUAAUCCCGUUUAAUUCGGAUUAACGCGUGUCUGUGUCUCCUCACACAGGGGCCGAUAGGAUUAUAGCAUUAUUAGUGUUAAAUGUUCGGGAGAGUUUAGUGAGUGCUGAGGUUAAAGCGUUAGCACUGUUAGCACUGUGUGUUCAUCUCCCACAGAGACAGGAUGGACUUCAGCGUCAGGAGGCUCGCGGCGGACGCGGGAACUUUCCUCAGCCGCGCGGUGCAGUUCACGGAGGAGAAGCUCGGCCAAGCGGAGAGAACCGAGUUAGACGCUCACCUGGAGAACCUGCUGGCCAAGUCUGAGUCGACCAAACACUGGACAGAGAAGAUCCUAAAGCAGACGGAGGUUUUACUGCAGCCCAACCCCAAUGUGAGGAUGGAGGAGUUUCUGUAUGAGAAGCUGGACAGGAAAAUCCCAACACGAGUCAACAACCACGAGCUGCUGGGGGAGUGCAUGAUCGACGCCGGGCACGAGUUCGGACCCGGGACAGCAUACGGCAGCGCUCUGAUUAAAUGCGGUGAGGUGGAGAAGCAGCUCGGGAGCUCGGAGCGAGAGUUGAUCCAGAGCUCGGCCAUAAACUUCCUCACGCCCUUCAGGAACUUCAUCGAGGGAGACUACAAGACCAUCUCAAAAGAGCGUAAGCUGCUGCAGGUGAAACGCCUUGACCUGGACGCGGCUAAAACACGAGUAAAGAAAGCUCGAGUAGCGGACGCUCGCACUGCAGAGUUUAGCUCCGCCCCCUCGCCAGGAGAGGAGUAUGUCUUUUCUUACAUGCUCUCCUUCUUGCAUGUCAAAUGGCUGAAGCUGUGGGCUCAGGAGGUCCAGCAGGCAGAGACAGAGCUGAGGAUAGCUCAGAGUGAGUUUGAUCGACAGGCAGAAAUCACCAGGUUACUGCUGGAGGGAAUCAGCAGCACUCACGCUCAUCACCUGAGGUGUCUAAGUGACUUUGUCGACGCUCAGGCUGUGUAUUACGCUCAGUGUUAUCAGUACAUGGUCAGUCUACAAAAACAACUCGGCAGUUUUCCUUCAGCUUUCUCCUCCAAUAAUAAUCAGCCUGCUGCCUCUUCUGCUGGAAUUUCUGUCCCUGUGACCUUGGCCACGACCUUGACCCCGACCCCCAGCGUGACCCCAGGUCAGAGUUCACCCAGCCUUAAUGAGCUGCGGAGUUCCUGCGGUCCACGGCGAGCGCGUGUGCUUUACGACUACGACGCGGCAUGCAGCGGCGAGCUGUCCCUGCUGGCUGACGAGGUGAUCACGGUGAGCAGCGAGCCGGGCCUCGACUCUGAUUGGCUGAUGGGAGAGAGAGGACACCAGAAAGGCAAAGUACCCAUCACCUACCUGGAGCUGCUCAAUUGAGAGAUCUGUCUUUUACACACACACACACACACACACACACACACACACACACACACACAGACCUGUCUGUGCCAUUUCACACUCAGUAUUUGUGCCUUUUUUUUCUUCGUCAGUAGCCAAAAUUAGACUUGAUCAUUUCAUCAGGAAGUGUGAUUUGAUGUAACACUCAGUGUGUAUGUGGCUUCAUAACUCACUCUGAGCGCUAUAAGCUGUUAUAAUGCUUUAAUAAACAUACACACUGGUGAUGAUGA